AAGCUGUGAAAAAAAGGAAGGCGAAACGAUAAAGAAUAAGGAUAACAUGAAUGGAGUAAUAGGAUCCACCCAAUCAAUUCAUUUUUAUGAUUGUAGAAAGGAAGCAUUGAAAUGGAAAUUGAAAAGCUUGAGAUGUUUGAAGUUGGACCAUGCAAAGAUUCAUACGAAUUGGGUCUAUUAAUAGGGCAAAGGUUCUCCCAACGGAUUAAAAAAAGAGUUGCUUCAGACCUUAUCCUUCAAAAUCAGCUACGUCCUUUUGCUCAAACCCCUCUUUCAGAAUCACUUCUCAAAUCACUUUUUUAUAAUAAUCAAACCAAAUUCCCAAGCUAUUGGGAUGAACUCUUGGGGACUGCUCAAGGAAGUGGUGUGCCUCUUCUUGAUAUUUUACUUAUUAACUUCAAGAAGGAGAUUCUUCCAUUUGUUCCAAAAGAAGGAGUUAAAAGUAUAGAAGAUGAUUCCUCUAAUGAGUGUUCGGAUGUUCUUCUUGUUGCUGAAUCUAUGGCUCUUGCAGCACACAAUGAGGAUGCAAAUGUUGUCCUUCUUGGCCACACCUAUUUAAUCAAAGCAAUAUUGCCAAAUGGACAAUUCUUCGUUGGUUAUACAUAUGCUGGGGAGCUUCCAAGCUCUGCAUUUGCAUUCAAUAGCAAUGGAUUGGCAUUCACUUUGAAUUCAGUACCACCUGCUGAAGAUGAAAUUUUACCUGGUGGAAUCGGGCGCAACUUCAUUUCUCGAGACAUUCUUGAAGCUACAGGCAUUGACGACGCUAUAAAUAGGAUCCGUUCGUCAGAAGUUUCGGUCGGGCAUUCUUAUAACCUGAUUGAAACAAGUACGCGUAGGAUUAUUAAUGUUGAAACUGCAUCCAAGAAGCGGAUUUCGAUUUAUGAGGUUCGAGAAACACCUUUCUUCCAUGCAAACAUGUACUGUCACCUACAGAUUAAUCAGGUACAAGAUGAGAGUUCAAUCAGCAGGCAUAAAAGAGCAACUAUCUUGACAAAAACAACAAAAGAGGAUUUUCUGUCACUUUUAGGAGAUGCAGAUGACAAAAAAAAUCCCAUCUACAUGACAGGUCCAUCACUUCAUACCCUAUGUACAGCUGUUAUCGAUCUAGACGAACAAACGCUAUCAAUUAUCGAAGGCAAUCCGAAAAAAGCAGAUGUUUCAAUUGUUUUCUCUAUCUCCCCAAAGAAGUUGAUCAAUGGUAGACAUGAUCAUCACUCUAUAGUAGCCUAGUGAGAUUAGAAAUUUCAAAAUCUAUUCAUUGACAUUGAAAUUCUUCUAUGCAUACUUCAUGUUGUUUUUGUUCCACAUGUUCAAAAUUUUCAACGCGUCAAUCUCCAAAUUACAUUCUCUUUGUCCUCGUUUAUCUACAUUUUUCUACUAUCUUUUAAUUUUGAAGUAUGUAUUAGUUCUUUUUUUCACUUAUUUACAAUUUAAUGUUUUUGUAUUACAUUCCUCUUCAUAUGACUA